CAGCUCUGUCCCUCCUGGAACAUUUUUCGAAGCCCUCCCUUGGCUGCCCCAGAGCAUCGGGACACCAGCAUUGGGGGGUGAGAUCUUUCUGACCUGCAGAGUUUGGCUGGACAGAGGGAGCAGGAUGCUCCCACCUAACUUCACCUGCCUCCUGAGCCCUCCUAGAGAGCCAGGUGGGGGUAGUGGUGAAGGUGCUGGCCUGAAAACCAAGAGAGGGUGAGUUUGGCCUUCGGUUCCUCUCAGAUUGGUGCUUUUGACCCCAGUUCUUGCACGUCUUUCUAUGCCUUCACCUGGCUGCUACUCUGCCCUCCCUGCCUGCCAGGAAAACCGGCCCUAACAACUGGACUCACCAGCGCUGCCUUCAGAAAUUCCCAACUACAGGACAGCAGUCCGUCCAAAAUCCUCCUUGGGGGGGAAAUGUUCAUUUCCUAGCUUGCUUUUAGCCCAUUCACUGCCUUGAUGAGAUGCUCGUCAUCACCAAGCCCCGGGACAUCCAACUCUGUUAGCCAAUCAAGUGAAAGUCUUCCAAAUUCUCCUCUGACUUUCCCCAGGGAUGGUGAAGUGCCCUCCCCUGUCCCACGUGUAAGUUUCCAAAUUCAAAUGAAGUGCUACCUCCUGCAAUUUGCAAUGAUUCUGUGGCAUUUGUGGACACCUGAAGUUAUGGAGUGUGGCAAAUGCCCCUGUUGUAAGUUUACAAGCAAAUCAAGUGAAUUCCCCUUGCAUUUGACUGAUGGCCGAGCGCACCUGCUGCAGAGGUUCAUGCCACUACAAGCAUUGUGCCAGGCCAGCUUUCUUUUUCACCCUGUUUGGAUUUUUUUUUUUUGCAUUUAUAUCCCGCCCUUCUCUGAAGACUCAGGGCGGCUUACACUAUGUCAAGCAAUAGUCUUCAUCCGUUUGUAUACCAUAUACAAAGUCAACUUAUUGCCCCCCAACAAUCUGGGUCCUCAUUUUACCUACCUUAUAAAGGAUGGAAGGCUGAGUCAACCUUGGGCCUGGUGGGACUUGAACCUGCAAUAUUGCAAGCAGUUGCUGUUAAUAAUAGGCUGCAUUAGCCUGUUGCGCCACCAGAGGCCUAUCAAGACAUCAGGAAUGCUUCUUGGUUGCCCUGAAGUGGAAUGGCAGAGAGCACAGCGCCCAGCUGCCUCCUGGGGGCACCAGUGUCGCACCCUCUUUGCUCCCUUCUCUUCUACAGGACAAGGCCAUGAAGACCCUCUUGCUGGUGCUCCUUGGGGCAGCUUUCUUCCUGCAGCUCACCCUCUCCCUGAGAAUCGGCAGUUUCAACAUCAGAGCUUUUGGGGACAAAAAACUGUCCAACCAGACCAUCUCCAGCUCCAUUGUCAGAAUACUGACCGCCUAUGACCUUGUCCUGAUCCAAGAAGUCCGAGACGCUGAUCUGAGUGCGGUCAAGAAGCUGAUGCAGCAACUCAAUGGGGCAUCGCCAGAUCCCUUCGGCUACCUGAUCAGCAAGCCUCUGGGGCGCAACAGCUAUAAGGAGCAGUACCUCUUUGUUUACAGGCAGGACAGGGUCUCUCCAGUGGAAAGCUACUAUUACGACGACGGCUGUGAGCCCUGCGGCAACGACACCUUCAGCAGGGAACCCUUCAUUGUCAAAUUUGCGGUCCCUCAAGCAGCGUUGGAAGAGCUGGUCCUGGUGCCCCUGCACGCAGCUCCUGAAGCCGCAGUGACUGAGAUUGACUCUCUCUAUGAUGUCUACCAGGAUGUGAAAGAUAGGUGGGGGGCCACGGAUGUCCUCCUCCUGGGAGACUUCAAUGCCGACUGUAACUACGUCCGGGCGGAAGACUGGCCCUCCAUCCGACUGCGCUGCAGCAAGGACUUCCAGUGGCUCAUCCCAGACACGGCAGAUACCACGGUGACCAACACCAUCUGUGCCUACGACAGGAUUGUGGCAGUUGGUUCAAAGCUGAGAGACAGCAUCCUGCCCACAACAGCCAAAGUGGACAACUUCCAGAAGACCCUGAAGUUGAGCUCCAAGGAUGCCUUGGCUGUAAGUGACCAUUUUCCGGUGGAGGUGACCCUGAAAUCCACCUGAGCCUUCCAGGCCCAGCCAGCUUUGAUUCCCUUGGAGCCCAGCAUGGCUUCCUUCACAGGCCCAGGAGACGGGUAAAACCUCAGCAGGCUUUCUUUAUGACACAGCGGAAGCUUAAAUAAUAAAAAGAUUAGCUGCA